GGCCAGUCGUGAGCGGAUGUUUUCACGGCGUUGGUUUACGGCAAACGCUCGUCAGUGCGAGAAAAACGCGUCUGAUUUUCUGCGGGAACAAACGACAGUGAAAUCAGAGAUGAUCGAGGUGGUGUGUAACGACCGUUUGGGGAAGAAGGUUCGAGUCAAAUGCAAUCAGGAGGACACGAUCGGGGACCUGAAGAAGCUGAUCGCGGCUCAGACCGGCACACGCUGGGACAAGAUCGUGCUCAAGAAAUGGUACACCAUAUUCAAGGACCAUGUGUCUCUGGGAGACUAUGAAAUCCACGACGGCAUGAACCUGGAGCUGUAUUACCAGUAGAACACACACACACACACACACACAUCAUGUCUCGACCUGUUCAGUUGAAUUGUUUUGAUAUUAUUUGGAAAUAAACUCAUAUUUAUGUAUGA